AUGUCGACCAGAAGUCGGUCUGCCAGAGGAUCGAAGACGCGAGAUCGCUUGGACGAGGUGCAGCUGGACGUGCGCCACUUGUUUGAGAAGGUCACCUCAUCUGCUUGCCUACCAAGCGCCGUCACUGACGAGGCAGACGUCAGCAACGACAGUAAGGCGUCUACCGCGGCGGAGGCUGUCGCGGCGACGUGGAAAAUCUAUGAGAACGGCCAGCCCGUGGUGGGUCGCUUGUAUGGCCGUGUGCCCAGUGCCCACCGCGCCUCACUCCCAAAGCAUAGCCUCUGCAAGAACAUACCUGGCUUGUUACCAGCUCUCUGUGGGCCACCUUUGAUAGGACAGUGCAACGAAGCGCAUGUUCUUUGCACCCAUCCCAAGGUAUCGUUAUCGUCGACGCUUGGCCCCUUUGAGUCCCCGUUUUUCGGCUCCACGACACCCGCCCGCGAGACCAUCCGGGCCGUAUCUAGUCUAUCCUGGCAUCGCCCGAACAACGGCUUUCAGGGAGACGCGCUGAAGGCAACGGCCAUUGCAUCUUCAGUGCCAACCAGGUUCCGCUUGAGCACUCCGCUAAAAUUUACGCCUCGUCGAGGCCGCGUGCCACUGCCAUCCCGGCCGGUGCAGCAGUCGUCGCCUCAAGGCGCGCAGUCGCCGUCCACAUUGAAUGCCUCACCGAUGGUGACCCCAGGGGCUUUGACGCCCAAGGGUCACGUGGACGACACUGGACGACGCAUACAGGGCGCUGACAGGGCGCGCGCGUCGAUUGCUUGUACGAGUUGUCGUCGGAGUAAGACAAAGUGCAACAACAAGGGUCAAGGGACCACCUGCAUUGCUUGCGCCGAGAAGAACAAGUUCUGCGAUUACAGCAACACGGAUGCAUCCACGACCGGUGUAGUGAAACGGCGGGAGAGCACGGUUGGAGACAUUGAUUCCACAACAGUGACUUUCGCUGGUGUCUAUCGUGUAAAUCCAUUCCUGCUUCUCCCACACGUGUUCGACUUGACGGCUGCUGUUCAGAAGCGAAAGAGACCAAUAGCGUCGGCUCUGGCGCAUCACCCUUACGAUGUCCCUAAAACCCAAGAUGACGUUCUGCAUUCUCCCUUCCUCACCGCCAAGGUCUGGGAAGAGCUGUUCGACAUCUACGAAAAACAUUUCGCGUCUGACUUCCCCUUUCUACACCGGCAGAGGUUCCUGAAGCCGCUGCAUCAGCCUCAACAAUCUAUCGCUUCCAGGCAGAACUUUGAUGCUCUACCACGUCCUCCACACAGCCCACCUCUACUCCUUGGGUUCCUGACUCUGACUGCUCGUUAUCAUCCCGAAUUAGUACAGCGCGUAGGGACCCCUAUCGCGACGGCAGAGUAUUGGGCGAAAGCCACGCAAGACCGUCUGGGCUCCAUUCCCGGGACCGGAUCUCUGGAAAGAGCCCAGGCUAUGCUUUUCCUUGGGUAUCAUCGUUGGACUGAUCUGAAAGGAGAGAACGGAUGGCAUUUCAUUGGACUGGCCACGCGUUAUGUGCAAAACCUUGGGUACCAGAAAGACGAAAACUACGAAGAUACUAAAAAAGGGGAACGCCGUGGCUCCGACGCCGAAGACGAACUUGCCGAGCGUAAAGAAUUCAUCGACCGCGAAAUCCGUCGCCGCACUUUCUGGAGCUGUUUCAUCAUGGAUCGAUAUACAAGCUGUGUAUCAAGUCGAGUACAGAUGAUCAACGUGAAUGACAUCAAAACCCAACUACCCUGCAACGAUGGAGCUUUUAAUACAGGAACUAAAGUCAGGACUCGGUGGUUAGGGGAGAGCGAUGAACAAUACAGCGAGCGUAGGGACGCAGAAACGGCCAGGACAAGACGUGUCCACCAUCAUUCUCUUUGGGACAACAGAAGCAAGACACAUGGCGAAACCCAGUGGGAAGUGGGCAAAAGUGAGGCAGCACUAAGCUUGUACAUACAGACAGUCGACUACUUCGGCAAAAUCCUGGCGUAUUCGAUUGGGAGAGGUCGACGGACAGAAGAGCAUCCCCCUUGGGACGAAAAAAGUACAUUCUACAAGCUUGUGCAAGGCUAUGAGGUGCUUCGAGCCGGACUGCCACAGCCUCUGACCCUUACAACACAGCAUACAGAGUAUAUUGCGUUCGCGCCUUGGGGCAAAGCCAAACCGGAGGGGCCUUUGGAUGAACCCAGGAUCACACAACCACUUCCGGACGAUAUGCCAGACUACUGGAUUGAUCAGGCUCGCAAGUGCUUCGGUGCUGGAAAAGACUUUGCCGAAUUGCUCAUCGCUUGCGAUGCAGCUAAUGCGCUUGUUGACAGUACUAUUGCGGGUUGGGCCACGUACAUCGUCGGAUGGUGUGCUAUGUACUGCCACAUGUUUCCCAACAUGGACCCUGACCGCGCGUUAGACUCUCAUGCACAACCAAAUGCGUGGGACACGACAAAUAAGAUCCUCCAUAAGGUGGGAAAUCGCUUCACUAUGCCGGGUUAUUGGCAAGAUGCUCUUACGCGCUUGCAUGACCUCUAUCGGCAACAGAAACACAAUUGGAAGAGACUUGCGAAUUCGCCUGGAAGCACAUCGAGUACAGCCAGUGAAGGUGGAGGUCUCUACAUUUACGAGUCUCAAGGUUUCCAAACAGAUCACUUAGAGCUUGGCAAUACGUUGGACAAGAGUUGGAGUCGCAAAACCAGACCAGACGACUGGAAGCUCACUCAUGACCCGGCCGCGGAAAGACACAACGGACUGAACAGUCCGACAGCGAACUUUAAAAUUGAAGACACACCUGCCUCGACACCCCAUUCGACAGGUUUCAAUUCGAUCAACGGGCAACCAACGAGCGAGGCGCCUUCGGUGACGCCAUCAAGCCGUAUGCCAUGGAAUGCGCAUCCUUCCCCAUCCGUUGCACCUGUACGCCCAUAUGGAUCCUCCGAAAUACCACAGAGUCCCCACGGACCACAGAUAACGCCAAACCCCAGCAUUGAGGGUACAACCAUUCCGUCGCCUUAUAGAGAGAGUGCAGAUGUGCAUUUCCCCCCGGCCCCAACGCAUCACUACGCACCUCGAGAGGCUCUUCCGGGCGUAGCACGCGGACCUACCCGCCCUACAACUGCGCUGUACGGCUGGUCAUCGCAAGUCCAACAGGCACAGUUUGCGCAGCAGAUGACUGUUGACGAAAUGAGACUUCGAGGGCAACCUAGUGUUGCCAUGGGCGAAUUUUCAGAUUUCCAGCGUGGCGAUUAUAAUCCUUGGCCCAAUCAGCACAUGCCCGAUUUUGAUGUAUUCAAUGCCAAUUACGGGUCUGAAAUGCCUUAUUGCGAACUAAUCGAUCAGGGUUAUCUGGCCGGGCCUACGCAAUAA